UUUUAUUACGUUUGAUAUUUCUUGAGACAUUUCGGAAUAAUUAAAAAUGAAGACUUUGACGAUUAUGUAUCAUAUUAUAUGCAUAUUGGCCGUUACAACGACAGUUUACAGUCUAGACUCUGUGCGACUUCGAAAGUUCAGUGACGAUUUAAUGAAAUGUAGUGAAAAAUUAGGUGCAUCUACGACCUCACUAACUGCCGAAGUACUUGUAUGCGCGGUGGAAAAGGAUGGCAAGCUUCUGGACGAUAAUGGUGAAUACAUAAGAGAUGCAGCCGUGCAAGAUUUAGAAGAUUUUAUCUCCGACCUGAGCGUAUUGAAAAGGGCUCGAGAGAUGCUUACCAAGUGUUUCAACGACGGAGAUCAAAGUGGAUUCACCGGUCGGGAGCAGACAAUGAAAAUUGCCACAUGCUUUGUUCCGAUGGUGCUUUUCUUCAACAAGCCACAUUAAGAAUUAUUUGCAGAAUUUUUUACACUAUACGAGUAUGAAACGCUCAUAUAAAUUUCUUCGCAUUUCUCUGCAUAACUUUACCUCUGUAUAACACAUUACGUUUUGUGUUGAUAUGUAUGUAAAUUUAAAAUUGAUGAAUUUCUUUAGAUGAACGACUUGAAUAAAAUUUAUUCAAGUCAUUCAUCUAAAGAAACAUUCUGCAAGACUAAAAAAAUUUCUAUGGAAA